AUGGCUGAUCCCACCAGCGAUGCAGAGACACAUAAGACAUUCGAAAGCGUUGUUUCGAGCCAAAUCGAAGGCCAAGCGAAAGUUCAAGAAAAUGAUUCAAAUAUAGAAAACGGUAGACAAGGACGAAAUCACUUUGGGAACAAAUUGAGAAUUUUAAUUCGUUCUGAUCGCGUCGACAUAUUUUUGAAGGUACUGUACUUCACUUCAUUGUCUUUGAGUUGGUUUACAAAUUUUAUAUUUUUGCUACAAAAGAAAUAUUACAUUCUAGUCGUUUAUAAGGAAAGAUUGGAUGAAACUAUACUCACUGCUUUUGAAAUUAAAUAAUUUAUAGACUUAAUCAGCCGAUGAGAUGACUUGUAAACGAAAUGCUACCACCGUCAAUUAUCAUAUUAUUUAUACCGUUUUAUCGAUAUAUAAAUCUAAACGUUUUUAAUGACCUUCGGUAUACAUUUUAUAGAACUCCUAUAUUUUAUAGAGACUUUUAGUUACUCCAACACGGAAAUGAUUUAUGUUAUAUAAAUAAAACGAACUAACGUGUCGGUUAGCGAUUUAUAUACUACGUACGUUGUCGUCUCGAAAUUGAUGUAUAUUUUCCGUUCUGUAAACCCAAGAAAGCUUUUAAACAAAAAGCAAAGACAAUUAUUUAAAAACGCAAUCAUAUCCACAUGGUGCUACAUUGUUAUAUUUGACUGCUCAAGUGAAAGUUUUUGAGUCAUUUCAAGACUUCCUGAUUUAUCUCGUGUUUACCCAUGCAUGACGGGUUGCGCAUGCAUGCAUGUCAUCCGUUGCUAAGUGAAAGUUGAAUGAUAUGCAAAAUUUUAGUUGUACAAAUUAACCUCUUGGUUAGUGAAACUAUUCUACAACACCAUUUAUAUAAUAAAAUGUUAACAGAGUUUUGGGUAGCUAGUAUAUAAAGUAAAUGACGAGCUAUUUAGUCAUUUAAUAUGCCGGAAAACAAAAUGUAUAAAUAUUAAAUAAACAGCACCGACAAGUAUGUUAUAGGGAAAGUACAUUUUAUUAUGCCGAGGGGGGGGGGAGGGUGAAGAUGUUAAGGGGGGCACCGAAGUAUUUUUGGGCAUUAAAGGGGGAGGGGGGCUCUGAAAGUUCUCAAUAUACUGAAGGGGGGAGCUAUAAACUUUUCAAAGUUUUGGUCCAGCAGGGGCCUGGAGUGUUCACUCCCACGGUAGUUAAUAGAAUAGAUGGUUUGGAAACUCAUUAGAUUAACAAUAUAACUCAUUAUCUAUGUUAGUGAACAUUCAUAAAUUCAUUCAUAAAUCUGGUCUCUUACCGUCACGUGCGUAUUGCAUUUGGCCCGAUUAACCAAUAGCAACGUUUUAGGAAAGUUACCUAUCCAUGACUCAAACAAUAGGGUAAAUUGAAAAUUUGUAUUGGUGGACAUGGCAAAAAUAUAAUACACACGUGGCGGUGAAGGAACAUAUCGUUCUUUAUACUACAAAUCGUAUGUUCUUUGUUUUUGGAAUUGCUACUUCUUGGCGGGUAACUUACGUCACAAACUUGACGCCAAAAAAUUGAAAAUAAGCUAUUGAUGAUUUUAUAAAUCCAUUUAUAUAGAAGAGCGGACUAAUGGUACUUUAAUUAAUUAAAAAUGUAAUAUGUUUCUAAAUACAACCAUUUUAUGGGAAGACAUAGCGAUGCAAAUGUCGAAAAAUCUGCCAAAUUGUUACUAAAAAUAGAACAAAAUGGCUGAUUUUUAGAAAUUUAAGUCAUUGUAUCCUCGCAAGGAAUAAUUGUCAGGGACGUAGCGACCGGGGGCGUAGGAGGGGGUGUAACACUCCCCCCUACUGUGAAAUUCAGGCAAAAAUUAUGUAAAAUUCAAGAUAAAUUUUGACAUUUUCAGGUAAAAUUUGCGUAAUAAAGUAAUUAUUUUUGUGAAAUGAUAACCAUUUUUGUAAAACAGUCAAUUUACAACCAAUUUGUUUGAAAAUUUGCUUUAGAAAACGCCAGAAAUUCAGUCCUAAGAGCUUCAAAUAUAUAAAAUUUUCUGGGGGAGGACACACAGAGCCCCUUUUUUCCUAGUAUGAUAGUGAAAAUCAAUCACAAAAAGAUUUAUUAUAAUUAUGACACUUCAGGUAAAUUUUUAACAUUGAAAUUCAAAUUUCAGGUAUAAUCCUCCGACAUGCCCGCCCCCCAACUUCAGAUGCUUCGCCACGUCCCUGAUUGUUGUAUUUCGAGACCGAUAUCCGUUUUAAGAUAUAAUUAGUCUGCUCUUCUAAAUUGAUACAUGAAAUCACCUAUUUUUAUUUUUAUGGCACCAGGUUUGUGACGUAAUUUAUCCUCCAAAAAGUAGCAGUUCCAAAAAUAAAAAAGCCCAUACGAUUUCUAAGAAUGAUAUGUUCAUGGGAUAUUUAGUACAAACGGGAUGAAAAUGAAAGAAAUUGAAGCAUACUGGCGCUUUUGCAUGCAUUUUUGACAGGCAUACAUGCAAAGAAAUUUGCAACAGAUGCCAGGAGAUACGUUGGGCGGGGGCGAGGUUCUCUAGGGUUCCAGCACAUUACCCUGAUCCAGGAAAUCCCGGCCACUACAUGAACGUGUUCAAGACUCCGACUAUGCUGAAUGAUGGACAACAACAACCUGUUGAUAAUUUUGCACCUAGAGCCAAUCUGAAAUGGAUAUGAUUUUAAAGACCGUGCCAUUUCAUCUGGCAAUAGUGAGGUGAAAGAAGCUGAAAGUCGGUAUUUUUGUUGAGGAGAAUUAAGCAUGUGCUUGAGUAUAUCAGACAUCUUGAGGAACUGCAAUUUGUAUCUGCCAUAAGAGAGAAUUCCAGAUUGUACUCCUUCGAUUCUGGAUUCUUGAGGGGGGGUGGGGGGGCAUUGAAAAUUUUAAAAACUUGGAGGGGAGGCAUGAAAAAUUUAUCGAUAUCCUCAACAGGAGCCCUGUAAAAAUAUGAGCUUUUUUCACGACAUCUUCACCCCCCCCCCCCUUCGGCAUGAUAAAUGUACUUUCCCUUAGUUCGCUUCAUUUAAUUUAACUUUUAUUUCUCGAAAGAAACCAAUAAAUUUGUGGCUGCUUUCACUGUAUUUUUGUUACAGAUGGUGUCACAUUCCUCCUGACCAUCGGCAAAUGUAAUUUACAGCUCUUCGAUUACUUAUUUGUUGCUAUAUGAUGUCUCAUAUCUAUAUCUAAAUUGCCAUAAUAUUCAUUUGUAGGUCCUUUACGUCCUUCUUUGUAUUCCCUUGUUAAUUUCAACCGUCUUCUUCUCCAUAUUCGAUACAAAAUGUGUGGUGUUUGAGCAAGCUUCUGUGAUCAACUGCAGUCAAGAGUUUUUUAUCUCGAACCCCAGGUACUGGGUCUUUGCUUGGCUCUUGAUGUCAAUCAUAUCGUCAUUCCUUCUCAUUCUUAUCGUUCGUCUGAAUCACAAGAAGUUAAACUACCAAACCGACAAAGCAAAGAAGGUUUUCAAAAAAGGCCACGUUGGUUCGUUAAUAUUUUUACUCCUGAUUUCGUUGGUAUAUUACGUUAUUCGAAUUUAUACAACCAGAUCAGAAAAGACGAGCGUGACAAUUUCAGUUCUUAUAUUCCUUUGGCUUCCUGUUACCGUCCUGCUUAUCUGCUGUUUGAAUUAUCUGCCUCGCGUACAUUGGACAAAAGCAAGUCUAUCCCGUUUCACUUUGCUAUGGUGGAAAGAUUGUCUGACCAAAAAUUCAAAUUUUAUCAUCUACUGCAUUUUGUGGAGGUAACCAGUAAAGUUGCCUCCAUCAUGCUCGAUGUGGCACUUGAAGUAGCCCCCCUGAUCCAACACAACUUUCCAGAUGAAUCCAGGAAAUUCCGGGGGUUGGUAGUGAUCGUGAUCGGUUUCAGAUUGGCGUUCCACUUACGAAUCCUUUCCUUUUUCUGGCAAAAGCUUUUUCAUGGAGAGAAAGAUCUGUUCUCGGAGCCGAAUGAGAAACUUGUUUACGAACCGUUGUUGGGACAAAAGCAACAACAUGAUGAAUUGGAAAAAACUGUACAACUGGAAGAAGUCAUAUGUACAUAA